AUGCCAUCUCUGUGGCUCUGUCUGACCCGGCUCAGUCCCUCGUUGUGUGGCUGGCCUUCCCCCGCCCGCCCGCCUGGUCAGCGAGGGAUCGUGAGGGAAGUCUUCCCGUCCGCGAGUGGCUCAAGCGCCAGCCUUUCCGUGCCGCAAGUGCAUCUGUGUGGCUUCAGACAAUGGCAACCGUGCGUCGGGCUCUUCCCUGGGAAGGAAGCGGGCCUCAAGAGUCCGAUCCAGACCCCGACCGCUCGUCAAAAAUUCCCGGAUGGAGCACCCCCAGAACAACUUACUCCGUACAAUCUGCAGGCUCUAUGGCCCUGGUCCAUGUUCGUCGCGAGGGAGUGGAGUACAACGUACACGCUACGCAGCUGUGAUCUGCGCGCACAUGGCAUUCUGGGCACUCCUGACAUCUUACCUGCCCCAUGGAACCCUCUCUUCGAAAGCUAA